AUGCCUCGCGACAAACCUCCGUUCGAUCCUGUGCUCAUUGCAGACAUCAAGAGCACCAUGUCGUAUAGCACCAACUUUUGGUUGAGAGGCGUCCCCUUCUCGUUCCAGCUACUUGCAAUAGGAGGGUGCUUAACGAUUGCCGCCGGUCUUGAGUUGUUCUCAGGCCCUUUCCAAAUUCUGACUGGAACCGGCCCCAAGAUUGUCCUGCCGCAUAAGUACGCAGACGAGAUACCAAACCUACCAGAACUUGAUUUCAAUGAAGCAUUUCGCAAAGACUUCUUCGCUCAUUAUCCUGGGUUUGAUCGGUUUCGCGCUAGUUUGGACCACCCUUUACUGAUUCCACAGACGCUCCGUUUAAAGCUGACACCAAGCCUUGGGCUUGUCACGAACCAUCUUGUGGACGAAGCUACGACUGCUCUGCAUGAUCUGUAUGGAGAGGAACGGGAAUGGCGUUUCAUUGCUGUCAAGCAGCAUAACCUCAAUUUUGUGGCACGCCUCUCCUCAUACAUGCCUCACAACGUCAAUAUACAACGGGACUAUAAUGAUGCCAAAAGCAUCAUCAGCGCCGAGAUAGAAAGAAGAAGGAUACGCACCGAGAAACUCCUGGCUUCAGGCGGGAAACCGCCGAAAGUUUCCGAUGCAAUUGGAUGGAUGGUCGAGGUGGCUGGAGGAGAGAAAGUUGACUACGUUGCCGCUCAGCUUUCACUUACGGUUGCUUCAAUCCAUGCCACGACGGGGGCGCUGACGAUAGCAUUGACUGACCUCGCCACUUAUCCCACUGUGGCAGCCCAGAUACGAGCAGAGGUAAUUCAAGUUUUGAGUGACGGCGGCUGGUCAAAACAGGCGUUGUACAACAUGAAGUUGAUGGAUAGCUUCUUGAAGGAGUCUCAGCGCCUGCACCCGCCCAGCGACGUGUCCAUGAACAGAAAGGUCAUGUGUCACUUCAGUCUGUCAGACGGUACGCGGCUUCCUAAGGGGGCUCGUCUUAUGGUUGCGUCAAAACGUCGAGACCCUGAAACUUACGCAAACCCGAAUGAGUUCGACGCACGUCGUUUCCUAAAGCUACGUGAUGAUUCUUCAAAUAACACCAACCAAUACGUGUCCACCUCCGCCGAAAUGUUUGCUCUUGGGCAUGGCAAACAUGCUUGCCCCGGACGAUUUCUUGCAAGUAGCGAGCUAAAGAUUGCCCUUGCACACAUGCUUUUGAAGUACGAUUGGAAAUUAGAUGAGAGUGACACGAUGCCAAAAUUCUUUGACGAGGAAGCCGCCCACAUGACUAAUCCCAAAUUGAAACUAAAGUUAAGGAGAAGAACAGAGGAGAUUCAUAUUGAUAUGGACGUAGAUCCUGAUCUACUUGAUGCUGAAGAGUGA